AUGCCUGACCAGUAUAUUCUAAAGCAUUGGACUAAGGAAGCAAGGUUUGGUGUUGUCCAUGAUGUUAGAGGAAAUGAGAUUCAAGUAGAUCCUAGACUUGACAUCACGCAGAGGUAUAGACAAUUAAUGCUUAUGAUGGGAAGAUUGACAUCCAAGGCUGCUAAGACACUUGAGGGAGUUACUUGUGUUCAGAGAUGUGUCAUUGAGUUAGAAAAUCAUAUUCUUAAUGGUAAUGAAAAUAAUACUUCUGAACCAGUCAUAGAGUCACAAAAUAUGCCAAAGGGGUUCAAAAAAGAGAUGGAAAAUCAAGCAAGAGACGUUGGAAAGGCACAAAGUAAUGAAAUUCCAUCACUUGAAGCCAUAGAUCUUAUGGAAAACUACUCACAAGAUUUCUUUCCAACUCUGUCAGCAACAUCUAUCCUGCAACCAGUAUAG